AUGGGGGAUGCUGGAGGUGUAGACAAUGGCGCACUUGCAAUUCGCAAUGGACCCCGUCCCAUGGUCACCGCGUCUCGUAUGGAUGUCAGCGUCAACUACCUCAUUGACGACAAAGAACCAGCGGUAAACCUUCUAGGUCUCUCCGGCACUGUCCGAAAAUGCAAGCAUCGUGAAACGGGAAAAUUGUGCUCUCUCAAAUCCGUCGAGAAGAAGAACGCACCCGAAAUUGAGAUUUUCAAACGAGAAAUCAUCUUUCACCAACAAGUCAAACACAAACGUGACAGCACUGUCGGACUCGUUGACGUCUACGAAGACGAACAGUAUUUGCAUCUCGUGACCGUAGAGAAUGAAGUCGUCCUUACCGAAGACGCUAUUGUUCGUCUUUCGGAAGACGCUUGGGAAAACCUCUACGAACCCCUCCAAGAUGAAGGAAUCGCUGAGACUGCUGCAUUCGGUGGUGAUGACUACAUAAGAAACGCGUCAUCCGAUCAGAAGAUGGCUCGAUGUAGGAGCAUCCAGGCAAAGUUCGAUCCAAUGAUUGCCUAUUACGAGAGCGUCCUUGAUACUCUAGAGCGAUCCAAACUUGAGUUGGCACGAGUCAUGGCUCUGCAAUGCAGCCAAGGUAAUGACGUCGCGGCUGCAACAACAGAGGCCACUGUCCUCCUGGAACAAAUGAUUCGAAUUUUCACUGGGUUUUUGCAACAGCGACGUGAGUAUCGUGCAUUCAUAGAGGAGAAGCGGCAGUCAACCAUCAAUUGGCUGCAAUUUUUGGCAACUUUGAGGGCCGACGUUGUAGAGCUAGCUGGCUACCGACCAUGA